GGGGCCGAUCUUCCCAGCUCAGGUUGGCGACGCUCUAGUCGCCGCUUCUCUAAGGCCCGCGGGGCGGCCUGGGAGCCGCGGCAGAAAGGCCCGCCUCCGUGCGCGCAGCCUGCGGGCGCGGGUCAUGGCGCGGCUCCCGAAGCUCGUAGUCUUCGAUCUAGAUUACACGCUGUGGCCGUUCUGGGUGGACACGCACGUAGACCCCCCGUUCCACAAAAGCAGUGAUGGAACUGUACGAGAUAGGCGGGGCCAGGCCGUCCGACUGUACCCAGAGGUGCCUGAGGUCCUGGAAAGAUUGCAGGGCUUGGGGGUGCCCGUCGCGGCCGCUUCACGGACAGGUGAGGUUGAAGGGGCCAACCAGCUACUGGAGCUCUUUGACCUUGUCAGAUACUUUGUUCAUCGGGAGAUCUACCCAGGCAGCAAGGUCACGCACUUUAAGAGGUUGCAUCAGAAGACUGGAGUUCCUUUCUCCCAGAUGAUCUUCUUUGAUGAUGAAAAGCGGAAUAUUGUAGAUGUCAGCAAACUGGGUGUUACCAGCAUUCAUGUCCAGAAUGGAAUGAGCCUUCAGACCCUAACUCAAGGAUUAGAGACAUUUGCAAAGGCACAAGCUGGACUCUGAGGUCCAGUCCUGUGGAUGAGCCUCAUUUGAGGCAUAGAACUGAAAGGAAAUCAGGAGGGCAUUUUCAGGUGCAUUUGUAAAUUAUUAAAGUGUAUUUGUGUGUGGCAGAAGAGAUAUUA